CGAAGACCUGGGAGCAGAGAGGGAGUCAAAAUGUUUCGCUUGUUUUUCGCCUUAGGUCUGGCGUUUUUCCUGAGUUCUUUUGCAACCGCUUGUCAGGAUCAGAGCUCUUCGUGCAGAUGCCGCGACGGUAGAGACGGUAGAGAUGGCAUGCCUGGUCGAAACGGGCGCGAUGGGAUAUGUCCAGCUCAGUGUCAACCAUCACCACCCCCAAGUGGUGCAAUUAAGUUUGGAGACACUGCUGACAAGUGUACACAGAGUAUUGCUGGCACCGUUCGUUACAGUACUUCCCAGAAUGCCUUGGAACUCUGCAAUGGCAGCGCUUGGUUGCUAUUGGUGACAGCCACUCCCGUGUCCUCUUGUAAGGAACAGUAUGACAAACACAAGUCGACAAAGAGUCAAGUGAUUCCACUGAUGUUUAGUUCCCAGAAGAUUCCUGUGUACUGUCACAUGGGAAACUUUGGAUGUGGAGAUGGAGGAUGGACGCUGGCCAUGAAGAUCGCUGGCGACAAGAAAACGUUUCAUUACGAUUCUCCCUUUUGGAGCGACAGAAAAGGCUAUAAUCUUGCAGGAGGAACCAGUGGGUUUGAUUUCCAAGAGACCAAGUUACCGACCUACUGGGAGACACCCUUCUCCAAGAUCUGUCUUGGUAUGAAGAUCGACCAUCAGAUCAAGUUCAUUGUCAUCAACAAACAUGCAAACUCUCUGUACUCACUGAUCGCUGACGGCCAAUACCGCGCCACCUUACUGGGCCGUCACACGUGGAAGAAGUUGAUUGGUUCACAGGCCUCCUUGCAGCACAACUGUAACAAGGAAGGGUUCAAUGCUGUGUGUACUAGAAGUAACAAUGCUAAAGCAAGAAUCGGCAUCCUUGGUAACAACGAAAAUGACUGCAGCAGCUGUGAUUCAAGAAUCGGAUUUGGUACAGGCGGGUAUCCUGAUGACUCCAACACGUGUGGAAACGAGGCACUCCACUCACCAGAUAAUGGAGACAAACACAUCAAAGCCAUGGGAUACAUUUUGGUGCAGUGAGAAGAACUUUUCCUCGUCUUUAAGGCCAUCCAAAGCAAAAAAAGUAUCUCAUGACAAAAAAGCUCGUAAGUCAUCAUAACUGCUUAGUAGCCCUACGAUUUUUGUGAGUAGAUUUUAAAAUAAAAGAUUGUUGUAAAACAAGCAAAAAGUUGGUGGUGGGAAUAAAUGUUUCUGACUUA